AACUAAACGUGUACAACACUGCUGAACGUAUAUCUCUUAUGUUAGUGUCACGAAUUUACGUACUUGUUUAACUGAGAUAACAAAUUCGAAUGAGUUGACUAUCACCGAUUAUGUUAUUAUAAAAUUCAAAAAUUAAUUUCAAUAAUUUGUGAUGUUCAACAUUUGACAUAACUGCUAGUCGUUUAGUGUUGUUAAUAUUAACAUUUAUGUAGAAUUAUAGUUUACAUUGGGUAGCCAUGAGUUGUGCUGUGAAUUACAACGGCGCAACCAUUAACGAAGUGGCCAACGACGUUUUGGUGCAUGGCGAAGGACCAUUUUGGGAUUCUGAGAAUAACGUCCUGUAUUUCGUUGAUAUAUCUCAACACCGCGUUUACAGAUUUUUCCAAGCCCGUUUGGAACAUGUCCAGCUAGACGAAGAAGUAAGUUUCGUGAUCCCAGUUGCUGGACAACAAGGUCUGUUUGUUAUCGGACUAGGUACCACGUUGGCCAGUCUUCGAUGGAACCUCCACGAGAACAUCCACAAAGUCGUUGAGCUGGCUACCGUAGAUCACGACAAAGCCGGAAACCGAUGGAACGAUGCGAAAGCGGAUGUAAAUGGUUACUUGUGGGCAGGUACGAUGGGAUUUGAGGACACUGCCGGUAACAUACCACCGGGUCGUGGGACUUUAUACAAAUUGAAUGAUACUAGAUGUUUCCAAAAUCUUGAUCCCGUUCUGUCAAACGUUUCCGUUUCCAACGGGCUAGCGUGGAAUGACGAUGGCACUCGAAUGUACUAUAUUGAUUCUUCGACCAGGCAAAUAGCACUUUUUGACUACGAUCCCGCUACGGCGACCAUUUCGAACCGCAGAACGUUUUAUGAUUUCAAGACGGAUAACAUACCUGGCGUCCCUGACGGAAUGACGAUCGAUGCUUACGACAAUCUUUGGAUUGCCAAUUACAACGGCGCUCAGGUAUUGCACGUGAGUGGCACCAGUGCAAAGUUGUUGGGCAAACUGAAAAUACCCGCGGAAAAAGUUUCGUCGGUCACGUUCGGCGGUCCUCGGUUGGACAAGCUGUACGUGACGACAAUUAGUCGUGGCGUAGCGCCAGAAAAAUUCAACGAAUAUCCAAUGACGGGAAAGGUGUUAGAAAUAUCCGGGCUUGGUGUUCGUGGUACACCAAAUCGUCGAAUUCGUGAAAAAUGUUUUCGACUUUUGUAAAAGUUUGGUAGUGGUUUUAGCGAAAUAAUAAUAAUGAAUGGUAGAUGAACGGCGAAGUACAAGCUAUACACAUACCAAUACUAAUUUUAUUCAUUAAUGUUAAAUCAAACUUUCGAAUUUUAAUUUUAAUUUUGACUAAUCCAUAACAAAA